AUGGCAGGCAACGCAGGCGCUGCCAAAGACCCUAUAGAAUGUUUCAAAGAUAUUGUUUUAUCUUCCCGGACAACAGAUAUAUACAACAUGUACAUAAAGGAAAAGAAAAGCUUGAAUUCAGACAAGGGCAACCUACUCCAAUCAUGUAUACCAGUAAUUCAACAUGUAGCUUCUUCUGAUACUAGUUUCAGUUUUAAUAAAAUGGGCAAAUCUCUGUCAUAUGAUAAUAUACAAACACUUCAAGAUUCUCAAGAGAAAUUGCCAAAUUCUUCUGAUGUGACCUGCAACACAGUUUAUGAGCCAGUUAAACGCAAAAGAGUCAAACAGCUACCGUUUACAAAUAACAUUGGAACUAAAGUAUUCAAGUUGCAAGAGGAUUUAUAAUUAUGAACAUCUGGAAUUUAUGAAGAC